AUGGGAUUCUCUCGAAUUCCAGAUACUACUGUGGAAGAUGCAUCGGUCGAUGGAUUAGCUAUGAUAUACAGUACAGUUACCGAAGAUAGAAAACGAAAUUCCACUUUCCAUUCUUCUCUUCCGAGAGAAAUUGCUCUUGAGCGAGAAAAGCAUUUGACCAUGUAUACUGACACUACUGUACAUCGAAUUGAAUUUUCAAACGGCAAUGGAAUUCCUCGUGCGAAUAAGGUUAUCUUUGGAAGCACUGAUCCAACAUCUACGAAGAAUUUCGAGGCCAAAGUAAAGAAAGAAGUAAUUAUUUGCUCUGGUGCGCUGGGUUCGCCGCAAGUGUUGAUGUUGAGCGGCAUUGGUCCUCGUCAACAUCUCGAAGAACACAAUAUCAAAGUCAUCCACGACCUACCGGGAGUGGGUUCCAAUUUCGUAUGUACUCUCAACAUACCCAGGACAAAAGACUCACCAUUAUUAACCAUAACCCUCAGACCGAUCAUCCAAGUAUUCCAAAUCCCAAUUUCAGAAUGCAUUAUUCAAGUCGCUGUAUCCCCCUUAAAAGCCAUUCUCGAAUUCGUCCAAUAUCUUCUCUUUGGAACCGAUAUCAUGAGUUUACCAUCUCAAACACUCAGUUUGUUCAUCCGAUCUCAAUCUCUCAAUAAAGAUGCCAGCGGACCACACAUCAAAGAUUCCUUACCCCAGAAUAUCGAACCUAUUCCCACAGAAACAUCUCCUCUUCAUCCCUCAAAAUCCCAAAAUCUAGUCCCGGAUACCGAAUUAGUACCACUCGCCGUAAGCGCCAUGGACGAUAUAUCCUCACCCGCGCAUGCCUUUCCCGCCGUCGAUUUCGGCAUCUUUUCCAAUCCAAGCGAUAUGAUCCUCGCCCGACGCGCCGUCCAUCUCGCCCUUGCCUUCGGCAAAACCAUGCGCUCUGCCGGAUUUCCUCUCCUCCGUCCCGUCACCUUCUCAUCCGAGUCCCAAGAUCUCGAUUACGAAAUACGUUCCACUAUUCAUCGACAUGUCGCAUGGGUUCUGAAAGCCGAUGAAAAUGCUCCUGGGGUGGUAGAUAACGGAUUGCGUGUCCAUGGGGUGAAAGGUGUGAGAAUUGCAGAUGCGAGUGUUUUCCCUAAGAUUGUGAGUCAUCAUACUAUGGCUCCUGCGGCAAUGGUUGCGACAAGAUGUGCCGGUUUCGUGGUGGAUGCGCAGAAGUAUAGUUAA